GAGUCCCCUCUCGGCCCCCAGCCCGCGCCGCCUUGGCUCCCGGUCGCCCCCAGCCCCGACCGUCCCCCGCCCCGCCCGGCCCCUCCUCGUGUCCAGGCGCCCACGUCUCCCGGCCCUUCGGCGGGCCUCAGGCUGCCCCGGGCGCCCAGCCCCUUCCCUGUGCUUCCUCACCCAGGCCCCUCCCCGCACUCCCGGGCCUGAGCGGACCCCUCGGGUCGCCCUCUGACUCUACUCCCCUCCCUGGACCUCAGGCCCUUCCCCUGCACUCUCGCUGCCUGCCAGGCCCCUGUCUGCUUCCCCAGUGUCGCCCCGCGGACCUCAGCCCCCGCUCCUGGACCCUCAGUGCCUGCCCAGGUCCCUACCUGGACCCCAGGCUCGCUCCUCCCUGCACGCGCAGGACUUGCCCCUUCUCUGCUUCUCCAAGCCCGGCUAUGGACCCCUAGGCCCCCCUCCACCUCCUCAGGACCUACCGUCGACCCCAGGUCUCCACUCUGGCUUCGGUGGGGUCAUCCGUGACCCCCAGGCCUUCCGCCGUGCUCUGUGUCCAGCAGGCACCCCCGGCCCUUCUCCCUGCCCAGCUCCCCUCUGUGCAGUCUGUGUAUUUUGUCUUUCCCCACAUGCCUCUCUGCAGCUUCCGCUCUGUCCCGGCGCCCUCUCGCAGCGCCCCCUCUUUAUCCCCAGCCUUCCUGUCUUUUCUAGAACCCCUUUCCCCCCAGCUCUAGCUGCUGAUCCGUCUUCUGCUCCCCCUUCCCUGCCAUCCCCUAUGGACUCUCCCUGAAGCACCAAGGUCUGGAUGCCCAGCAGGCCCUCCGUAGUCAGGAUGAGACUGGAGACCGAAAGGCUUGCCAAAUCCUCGGCAGCUCAGAAGUGGGAGUCCCGGGGCGCUGCCCCUGCCCCUCCAUUGCGCCCUCCACUCUGGGCCAGAGGCAGCAUGGUCCGUGGGGCACCAUGGGACCUGACAGAGUGACAGCCAGAGAGCUGUGUGAGAAUGACGACCUUGCCACCAGCCUUGUCCUGGACCCCUACCUCGGCUUCCGCACCCAUAAGAUGAACGUCAGCCCCGUGCCCCCCCUGCGGCGACAGCACCACCUGCGCUCAGCGCUGGAGGCCUUCCUGAGGCAGCGGGACCUGGAGGCUGCGUACCGGGCCCUGACGCUGGGAGGCUGGAUGGCCCACUACUUCCAGAGCCGGGGCCCGCGGCAGGAGGCUGCCCUCAAGACCCACAUCUAUCGCUACCUCCGAGCCUUCCUGCCUGAAAGCGGCUUUAUCAUCCUGCCCUGUACACGCUAUUCCAUGGAGACAAAUGGAGCCAAGAUUGUGUCUACCAGAGCUUGGAAGAAGAACGAGAAGCUGGAACUCCUGGUGGGCUGCAUCGCGGAGCUGCGGGAGGCCGACGAGGGGCUGCUGAGGGCCGGGGAGAACGACUUCAGCAUCAUGUACUCCACCCGAAAACGCAGUGCGCAGCUGUGGCUGGGCCCCGCGGCCUUCAUAAACCAUGACUGCAAACCCAACUGCAAGUUUGUGCCCGCAGAUGGGAACGCGGCCUGCGUGAAGGUGCUUCGGGACAUUGAGCCGGGGGAUGAGGUGACCUGCUUCUACGGGGAGGGCUUCUUUGGUGAGAAGAAUGAGCACUGUGAAUGCUACACGUGUGAGAGGAAAGGUGAAGGAGCCUUCCGCCUCCGGCCCCGCGCACCCCUGCCCCCUCGGCCCCUGGACAAGUACGAGCUCCGGGAGACCAAGCGGAGGCUGCAGCAGGGCCUGGAUGGCGGUGGCCGGCAGGGUCCACUGGGCCUGAGGGCCUGUGCCCACCUCUCCCCGCUGCGCCGGGACCCAUUCUGUGGUGAGCCCCGCCCCAGGCCCAAGCCCUUGUCUGUUCCCGCCGCCUCCCGCCCUCGGGUCCCUGCCGGAGGCCCUGCUCACACUCCUUUCUCCCCGCUCCCCCCGGCCUCCGUAGCCACCUGCCAGCCCAGGCGCCCCCUGCCCUGCAGUGCCCGCCUUGACGCCUCGCCCCUCUGGCUCCAGUGGCUGCCUCAGCCCCAGCUCCGGGUGCGCCCCCGGAGGCGCCGGCGCCUCCAGCCCCGGCGGGCCCCAGCGGCCCCCGUUCUCCGCACCGCCCGCAUCUCCUUGCACCGGUGGGGAGGCUGUGGUCCCCACUGCUGCCUGCGUGCAGAGGCCCUGGUGGCCCUGGGCCCGGCCCCCCGCGCCCACUGGGCCCCGCAGCAGGACUGGCACUGGGCCCGGCGCUAUGGGCUGCCUUACGUGGUGCGUGUGGACCUGAGCCGUGUGGCCCCGGCCCCACCCGCUGCCCCUGCGCCUGCCGGGACCCCAGGCCCUGCCCCCAUCCCCAAGCAGGCCCUUGCCUUCGCCCCCUUCUCCCCACCCAAGCGCCUGAGGCUGGUGGUCAGCCACGGCUCCAUUGACCUGGAUGUCAACGGUGACGGGCCAUGAUGGGCUGGACAGGGAAGGCCCCAGGCCAGAGAGGAAGGAGUCCCUCCUCGUCCCCCCUGCCCCCGAGCCCCAAGUUCUCGGGGACUCACUGACCUCUAGAAGGAGCCGCUGGGCCUCUGGGAGGGAGCUGGCCCUUGGCCCCAGCACAGUUCUGCCCGGGGCUGGGUUGGUUUGGAGACACCCAGGGCUCUGACCCCUGACCCUUUGUGACUGCUGACCCCUGAGCCACCCCCACCCCAGCAGGGUGCCCUGGCCGCUGCUGCCCUCCCACCCCAACUCCAGCCUCAGGACUGCUGGAGCCGUUCCCUUCCCUUCCCACCUCCUGCCCAGGGAGCAAAGCCAUAAGGGGUGGGGGCCACCCCAUGGCGUCUCCCCAGAAGCCCAGGUCUCAGGAGGAGGCAGAACUGACCUGGGGGUGGCACUGCCUGGAGACUGCGCUACGGAGGCGAGUGGGCUUGCUCUCAGCUCUGCGACUGUCCGAGGUGGGGGGCAGGCUGGGGGGGGAUGUCUGGGACACGUCCUCACCAGCCCGUGGGUCUCAGGGAGGCCGGAUGCGACCUCAUCUUUCUCAUGGUGCUAUCCCUGGUGCUACUGGGGUGUGGGGGGUCCCUCCCCUCCCCCACACCAGAAUGGGGUAUGUUGGGGGAUUGGAAGCACUUGAACUUUUUAUUUUAUUAAAACCUUGUUAUAAGCAGU